AUGGCCCCCGGUAUGGGCAUCAAGGCCCCCGUCCCGCGCACAAGAACUGGUUGUCUGACCUGCCGCAAGCGCAAAGUCAAGUGCGACGAGGGGAAACCCAACUGUGGCCGAUGCCAGCGGCUUCAGCGCGAAUGCACAUGGAGCGAAGAGCUACAGGUCGUUCCGCAACGGCGCCAGGAUCGCGGCUCCGCAACUGGAGCUAGAAUCAUCACCACUGCAUCCAAGGUUCCCGCGCUGCAUCUCAGUCGUCCCUCCGGACAGAACUUCGUCGUGGAAUUUCCCGGUAUAGAACGGGCAACGAUCCCGUAUCUGCACCAUUUCGUCACGUUCUGCUCUCGUUUCAUUGCGUAUCCGAAUGAUAGCGAGAUGAAUCCAUUUCAAGAAGAACUGGUUCCCUUGGCCGUCUCAUCACCGGCGCUUCUUAAUUCUAUGGCCGCGCUUGCGGCCGCGCAUUUAUCGAGGAGUAAUAAGCAGCAUGACGUUCCUGCUGCUAAGUAUUAUUCGAGGGCACUUAGAGAGCUGAAUGACACUCUAUCGGAUCCUCACCUGGCACGCUCAGAUUCUGCGUUAGCAGCAUGCCUCAUUCUCUGUGUCUAUGAGAUUUGCCAUUCCAAAAAUUCCUUGUGGCUUGAGCAUCUCCAAGGCGCAAGAGAUUUGAUUCUCUACCGAGGGGGUCCAAAGUCGAGUAAUUGCUUAACACGCCUCUUCUCCCUCCUAGAUAUUUCCGGGUCCCUCUGCUCCGGCGCCGGCCCAUUACUCCAGGGCAAUUACUGGAUCGAGAGCGGUCUCGAAUCCACCUCUCCCGAACCUUCAAAGGCCCUCACUUGGCCGUACUAUGACGACAACAAUGUAAUGGUGCAACAUUUCCACGAAUUAAUGAUAUAUAUGGCAAAGCUCUCACAUUUAUCGGCCCAAUCUAUAAGUGAUUUUGGUCGGUCACACCCAGAGGUCAUUGCCGAAAAGGCGGCUGAGGUCAAGAGAGAGCUUCAAAUAUGGUGGGGCCAAUGUCCGCCUGACUUACGAGAUCAGCAAACCGGGUGGAGACGAAUACCGCGAGAGCGUAAACUUACUGUAGCUGAGACGCUUGAGGCGGAGUGCUUCUCGAGUACCAGGGCGUGUAUGUAUGGAUGCAUCAUUUACCUUUAUCAUAUUCUUGAUCCUCUGGGUCGUCACCCUCAAAAUCCCGAGGUCACCAGCGCCGUUUUCGAAAUCCUGCAAAUUGCUAGGGAAACCCCCGAGGGAUAUGGCUUGGAGAUGGUCCUGUAUUGGGGGAUAUUUAUGGCUGGUGUCGCCGUGUUCAACGAUUUCGUUGCUGAGGACUUGAUUCGACGAAAGUUGAAAUCUGAUACUAACGUCAGUAUAUACCAUGCUGACCGGGCCUUGGAACUGCUGGAAGUGCUUUGGAAAAGGCAACACCAGUACGGCACUAAAUAUGAUUGGAGAGAGGUGCAAAUCCAAAUGGAAAUCCAAAUGUAG